AUGGAAAGGGUAGGACGAAGAACGGAAGGAUGGCCGAAUCGCGGAGGAGGACGAGUGUUAAUUGGAUCGAGCGUCUGCAAGAAUAUCGGUUCAAUUAAGAAUGAGACGCGAGACCGAAGGUCACCCAAGGUCAGCGAAGGUCAACGCGAGGCACACACGCACACGCGGAUUAAAUAUUUCGCACGAUCGGCUUCUCGACGAAGGCAGCAAUCGGGAUGCAAGUUACGACGCCCGGAUCGAGGAUCACGUUCGAGGGAAACUUUCGCGAGAGAUGCGAUGGUGGAUGGAAUCGAACUACACCCCGAACGUACCAGCAACGCGUAUCGGCCAGAUCGUUUUCUCGGGCUCGCGCUUCCCGUAGAACGAUUUCUCGGCGAGAAUGCUUACGCGCCAUUAAAUUUUCACGCGACGAUCGUCGAAAUUCGCGAAUACCGUGCUUUCUCCUUAUCGUCGGAACGAGUAGGUUCAUAACCUUCUCGUAUCGAGCGCGGUGUGGUUUACACGUUAUUUA